AUGCGCGCUGCCUGCGGCGUGCGGGCAGGAUGCCACCAGCGGCGCUUGCCCGUCACGGUCCGCUCGUCACCCUCCAAGCACGAUGUCACGCGGCGGCAGCCCCUUGCCCGCGCCCGGGCGGCCCCGGCGAGUUCAGACGCGGCGUCUCUCCAUGACGCCGACCGUGCGAACCUCGCGCGGCAGGUCGAGGUCGUUCAGGGUCUCGAGAACCACGUGGUGGACGCAAUGCUGCCGCGCGUCGGCGACCUGAACUCGUGCUGGCAGCCCGCCGACCUCUUCCCGCCCUCCGAGGCUCCGGACUUCAUCGAGCAGCUCGAGCGGCUGCGCACCGAGGCCGCGGCGCUGGAGCAGCCCGUCGUGGACGCGGUGGUGGCCCUGCUGGUCAGCAAGGAGAUGGUGCCGGCGUUCCUGAGUCAGCUCAACACGCUCAGGGGCGCGCAGGACGAGACGGGCGCGAGCGCGCUGCCGUGGGCGCAGUGGAACCGCGCGUGGGCCGCGCACGAGAACCGCCACUGCGACGUGCUCAAGCGCUGGCUGUACUUGUCGGGCCGGGCGGACGUGCGGGCCGUCGAGGUGCACGUGCACGCCCUGAUGCAGGCCGGCCUGGACACGGGCGCAGAGGGCCUGCCGUACGCCGGCCUCAUCAGCGCGGCGUUCCAGGAGCGGUGGCACUCGCGCGCGUUCUACGCCCUGAGUAAGGCGGCGGAGGCGGGGGGGUGUCCGACGCUCGCGAAGGCGUGCCGGGCGAUCUCGGAGGACGAGAAGCGGCAGGAGGUGGCGCUGUCGAGCGCCGUGACGCGGCUGUUCGAGGCGGACCCCGAGGGGGCCGUCAUCGCCAUGGCGCGCGCACACCAGGACGGCCGGCUGGGGGCGCUCGGGUCGCUGCGCGCCGCGCAACGCACCAUCGAGGCUCCGACGAGCGGCGCGGGCGCGGGCGCCGUUGCACGGUCGCUGGAGUGGAUCCGCGGGGCGUGGGGCGCGCUGGAGGGCAUCGAGGGGCUGCAGGGGGACGUGGAGGACGUGCGCGCGUUCAUCGAGGCCUGGGGCGUGCCGGUGCGCGCGGUGUCGUCGACGCAGGCCGCGGCCGCGCAGGACUACCUCCUGGAGGUGGACUCGGAGUGGUGA